UGUAUAAGAAUCGGAGCUGGUGAAGAGAUGAAAGUGUAAACUGGUGUUUUACAAGAAUCUGAUAAUUUCAAAAGAGUGUGUCAGAGAUGGAGAUGGAGAAGCCGGAGUUGACAUUGUACAACACGAUGACUCAAGUGAAGGAAGUUUUUAAGCCGAUCAAUCCCGGCAAGAUCGGAAUGUAUGUCUGCGGUAUCACCUCCUACGAUUUUAGCCAUAUUGGUCACGCUCGUGCCGCCGUCUCCUUUGACCUCCUUUACAGAUACUUAAGGCACUUGGGUUAUGAGGUUACUUAUGUUCGGAAUUUUACAGAUGUUGAUGACAAGGUGAUUGGAAGAGCUAACAAGUGUGGGGAGAACCCUUUAGCUUUGAGUAGUCGCUUUUGCGAGGAGUAUCUUGUAGAUAUGGCUGCUCUUCAGUGCCUCCUUCCCACCCACCAGCCUCGUGUCAGUGACCAUAUGGAGCUCAUAAUUAAGAUGAUUGAAAAGAUCAUUGAGAACGGGUGUGGCUAUGAAGUGGGUGGUGAUGUGUUCUUCUCAGUGGAUAAAUCACCCAAUUAUGGUCAACUAUCUGGGCAACGGCUGGAUCAUACUCAAGCUGGUAAGCGUGUUGCUGUUGAUUCCAGAAAGCGCAAUCCUGCUGACUUUGCAUUAUGGAAGGCUGCAAAACCUGGUGAACCAAGUUGGGAGAGCCCUUGGGGUCCAGGAAGACCAGGAUGGCACAUCGAGUGCAGUGCCAUGAGUGCUCAUUACCUGUCUCCGAGAUUUGACAUUCAUGGUGGUGGCGCAGAUCUGAAGUUCCCGCACCAUGAAAAUGAGAUCGCUCAGACAUGUGCUGCUUGUGAAGAUAGUGGCGUGAAUUACUGGUUGCAUAAUGGGCAUGUCACCAACAACAAUGUAAAGAUGGGAAAAUCACUUGACAACUUUUUUACAAUUAGGGAGAUCACGGCUAAGUAUCAUCCACUGGCUCUGAGACACUUCUUGAUAAGUGCACAGUACCGUUCUCCUCUGAACUACUCGGUGUCGCAGCUAGAGAGUUCAUCGGAUGCUUUAUAUUGUGUUUAUCAGACGUUAGAAGACCUUAUUAAAGCUUUAUCGCCAUAUCGAGAAGAGAUGAGUAAAGAUGUUGGAAAGACCGAACAGACUGCAGAAGCCAAAGACCUGAUAAAGAAGGUGAAAAGUGAGUUUGAAACAAAAAUGUCAAACGACUUGAACACUGCACAUAUACUCACGGGUGCUUUUCAAGACGCAAUGAAGUUCAUCAACGUUUCAACCACCAAGCUCAAGAAAAUGCAGAGGAAACAGCGGAUGUCACUGGUCGCGUCACUGGUAGAGGUUGAGAAAUCAGUGAGGGAAGUUCUAGAUGUGCUUGGUUUGCUCACGACUCUAAGCUACGCUGAGUUUUUAAAAGAGAUGAAAGAAAAGGCAUUAACAAGAGCAGGAAUAGGAGAAGCAGAGGUCUUGCGGAGGAUUGAAGAAAGGAAAUUGGCGCGGAAGAAUAAAGAAUUUAAGAGGAGUGAUCAGAUUAGAGAGUUGUUAGCAGUUAAGGGUAUAGCACUGGAGGAUAUACCGGGAGACACGGUGUGGCGACCGUGCACCCCUCUGACGUUGAGCUCUAAGCCUAAAUCCGGUUUAGGCAAGACCGCCUUUGUUUUUGCCAUCGGUUUUGCUCUCUUAGGCCUCUUCUUCUAUAGCCGUUGAAACUAUUUAUUUGUUUAGACUGUGUUGGACGUAUAUGUCAUGAUGAAUUUACUUAAGAUUGAUAGCAUUGGUUAUUUUAUUAUUUGAUAAACUUGUAACAUACACACA